AUGAAUUCGCUCUACCGCAUUGUGUUGGUGCUAGCAGCGCUCUUCUACUUCUUCAAUGUCGACGCUGCCUCAACGAUUGCGAACUCCAAGUUGGUGAAACUAAAUACUCCAACCUACACACACCCACUCCCUGGGAACCAGAUCGAUCGGAACUUGAGAGACGAGAACAACGAGGAGAGAGGCAUCAGUAGCACUCUCGGUCUUGAUAAGAUUAAAGCGCUGGUUAAAUCUCUGACGAAGAAGAUCAAAUCUCUGUUUGUGAAACCAAAACCCGGCCAACAAAACUUCCCCGACGAAACAUUCCCACAUACAUUCAGUGCGGCGCAGAGCCUCGGCGGGAGAGUUAGCACGUUACAGGCUCGACAGAUCCAGAGGUGGCAGGACAAAGGAAUGACUCCAGGCGAGGUUUAUAAGCAGCUUCAGCUUGACAGGUUUAAUGAGCCUCAUUUCGACAAGAUUGAAAACACGGUUUUUGGCUACCUCGGAUUUAACACUUGGGUGAAGUACGUGGACGACUUUAAUGAAAAGAAUCCUACGAAGAAGGAAUCGAUGAUCCCGUCCUUAUUGACCCUUUACAGCGACAUAGAUCUGUCAAGAGUCCUCGAGAUGGCGAAGAAGGCCUCCACCACCGAGGCACUAGCCAGGAAACUUAGGAUGGAGCAAAUUCAGAGGUGGAUGACCGACGGUAAAAGCCCGGGUUAUGUCUUUAAGAUGUUCAUGGUGGACUCCAAAGUGGAUGAACUACUGACGAACCCGCAGUUUAUCGCUUGGACCAAAUACGUGGAUGAAUUUAAUGCCAAGAACCCAGCAAACAAAGCGUCCAUGAUCCCUCCAAUUGUAACUCACUACGGCGAUGAUGCUGUUUUUGGUAUGCUUGAAGCUGCGAAGAAGGUCCAAUCAACAGAGAAACUCGCCUCCAAAUUGCAAGCUGAACAGAUUCAGAAAUUGCUGAGCAGCAAUCACUCUCCCACGUAUGUCUUCAAGGCGCUUAAUCUUGAUAAGACAGGAGAUGAAGUUUUCAGCACUCCGCUGUUCACAACUUGGUUCAACUACCUCAAGACCUUCAACGACAAGAACCCCGACAAGAAAGAGAGCUUGCUGACUUCAAUCCACAGAUAUUACCAAGAUCACGGUGUGGCCAGAAUAGUCGAGAAAGCGAUGACGAACCCGAGUACUGUAAAAUUGGCGAACCAGUUGCAGGAUGAACGGUACAGUCGUUGGUUGCUCAACGAAAGCUCUCCCCAAAGCGCUUUCUACGUGUUCAUAUUGACUAAGCCGGGAGCAGAUGACGUGAUUCGCUUUCGAGAACGUCCUGACCGGUCCAAGUAUCUGCUGCCACUUGAGAAGGUGUCGGACGAUCUUCUCUCGAGUCCGGAUUUCAAGCGUUGGGCCCAGUACUUAGACGAUUUCAACGCAAAGUACCCCGACAAACAAACGAGCAUGAGCGCGGUUUUCCGAGCCUACUACACCGACGACGCUCUAGAAAAUAUGCUGGCUGCGGCACGAAAAGAUCCCAGUACGCGGGAUAUAGCCUCAACCUUGGAGAAGGCGUUGUUCAACGUGUGA